GGAUACCGCACACACCUACUUAUCAAAAUUAAAUCUCGUUUGGUUUGCUUUUUCGAAGCCAAAUGAAUGGAGGUGUAAAUCAUAUUCCCACCCAAGUGCCUCCUGAAAGUCACCAGUACCUCUGUACCGUCGGUGGGUGCAAUACAACAAACACAAAGCGCUCGGCCCACCAGGACAACCGAGGGGAUGUCUUGGCCCGCUCUGUAUGCUCAGUUAGUCGGGGCGAACCGUCACUCCACCAGCUUGGGUAAAGUCUGGCUCUCUGUGCUGUUUAUUUUUCGGGUCAUGGUGCUGGUGGUUGCUGCCGAGAGCGUCUGGGGAGAUGAGCAGUCUGACUUCACCUGUAACACUCUGCAGCCUGGCUGUGAAAACGUCUGCUAUGACCAGUUCUUCCCCGUCUCCCACAUCCGCCUCUGGUGUCUUCAGCUUGUCUUUGUGUCCACGCCAACGCUCCUGGUUGCGAUGUAUGUUGCCUAUCGGAACCACGGUGAUAAGAAGAGGCUCCUACAGAGUUCUGGUAGAGCUGGCUUCCUCAGCAGCAAAGGCCAGGAUGAAGAGUUGGAGACUCGAAAGAAACGCAGACUCCCAAUAGCUGGCGCCCUCUGGUGGACAUACGCCUGCAGCCUGGUAUUUAGGCUGCUGUUUGAAGGAGGCUUCAUGUAUGCCCUGUAUGUGGUGUAUGAUGGUUUUCAGAUGCCCCGUCUGGUGCAGUGUGAUCAGUGGCCGUGUCCCAACCUGGUGGACUGCUUCAUCUCACGCCCCACUGAGAAAACCAUCUUCACUGUUUUCAUGGCCACCGCUUCUUCUGUCUGCAUGGUCCUUAACAUGGCUGAACUUGCAUAUCUCGUUUCCAAGGCUGUCACUAGAAAUCUCUGUGAUCAGAGGGAGAAGAAGACAAGCAACAAAUCCAGCAGGGAGAGAAUGCAAAAUAAGGCAAACUAGAAGUUACUCAUCCCAACUUGAGAAAAGCAGCAACACGGUGGAUGAUACAUGAUGACGAAAGAAUUUAAGAAGACUUGAAACAACAAGUGGUACACACCUGAAUGACCCAAAACAUGUGGAAAUACAACUGAACAUUUUCUGUGAUACCUAAGGUGUAACAAUCAGUGGGAGGAGAGGAUGGAAUCAGUGUCAGCAACUCAAAAAUGCAUAUUUACAUGAUAUUCAGACCGUGUCAGUACUCGCCUUUUCUCACUUCCUGUCCACAAAUAAAGAUUUAUCUCAUCUUAACAA